AUGUUCCCAUACCGGCUGGUAUUUGGGAAAAUGUGCCACCUGCCGGUGGGAGUGGAGCACCUGGCCUUCUGGGCAGUAAAAGAGAUGAAUAUGGAUGUCAAAGCUGGUGUUCAGGAGAGAAGGAUGCAACUACAAGAGCUUGAAGAACUCCGCCUUGAUGCCUAUGAUUCGAUCAUGUGGUACAAAGCGAAAACCAAGAUGUGGCAUGAUAAAAACCUUCGUAAGAAGGAACUCAAGGUGGGCCAGAGAGUGCUUCUCUUCCAGUCCAGACUUAAACUAAUGCCAGGAAAGCUACGGUCGAGGUGGAUUGGGCCUUAUACCAUUGUCGCCAUCAGAGCGAAUGAAGCAGUCGAACUCCAAGGAAGUGAUCCAGACUCGCCUUCUUUUAUGGUGAAUGGUCACAAGGUAAAACCGUACAGAGAAAGAAUGGAGGCAUUCGUGGUGGACGACAUUCCACUACUCAUGCCUAACUCUUACUAG